AUGCGAAGAUGGGACUCGAACAGCAAUCCGACUACUAUGUACUAUGCAGCGGAGCGCACGUCGGACAACGGUGACCGUCUGGUCGAGUUGUGCGAACAGACGGGCCUCAUCAUCGCUUCCACGUUUAAGAGGAAUCAUCGACGCCAUCAGCUCACGUGGCAGGGGUCAACCCUUUUAACGCCUAAAGAGCAGCGCAAGCGGAAGAUGAGGACUCUUAAACUUCAGCUCGACUACGUUCUGGCGAGGAAAAUUCCUCACUUCAAGAUACGAUUCAACAAGAGAAACCGAGGAGUUCCUCUUCAACCGAAAAUCGACAUAGCAGGUCUGAAAGACGAUGAAUGCAGAAGAAAAUUCCGCCAACGUGUGUCUAUUCAUGUUGGAGUACGGACCAGGAAGAAGCUUAGCGAUGCGGAUUCCUUCACAAAGUGCAUCCAGGACGCUGCAAGGGAAACGCUCCCGGUUUUAUUGCCCCGGAAGAAGUUUGCCUUUGCAUCUGCGGAAACAAAAUCCACAUACAAUUCUGUAUGUGUCGCGCGCAGCGCUGGUGACUUCAACCAGGAAAAGCGUCUUAGAAGGAAGCUGCGUCGUCAAGUGCAACAAGACCGCGAUAACGAGUGGACGUCAAGAGCGAUGGAGUUUGAGAAGGCGUGGGAGGACAGGAACCCGCGGAAAGCCUAUGCUCUACUAAAACAGUAUAGCGGCAAAAUGAAAAGAUGUUCCCUUGUCCUCAACACUGCCAAUGGACCGAUAUAUGCGGUUAACGAGGAGCCACCGACCGUGUCGGAGGUCCUGCGCAUUAUCCUGGACCGACUCAUUAAACAUCGCGAAGAAACAACGCGCGACGAGCAAGCUGGCUUUCGUCCUGGCCGAUCUACGAUUGACCAGGCGUUCAUCGUCAGGAGAGUGAUCGAGAUCUGGCAGCAGUAUUCGAAGCCAAUGCAACUAGCGUUUCUGGACUUUGAAGCCGCGUUCGACUCUCCUCACCGAGGCCGUCUUCUCAACGCGCUGAGCGCCGAUGGAGUACCAAGAAAGUUCGUUCGCUUGCUAGAUGACAUGAAUCAACAAACAACUGCUGCAGUUCGAACACCAGCCGGAUGUACAACACCGUUUGAAGUUGUAACUGAAGUAAGACAAAGGGCAGUGGCAGGACCUUUCCUGUUCAAUUUCGCAAUCGACGACAUUAUGCGAAGAACAGUCGACCAGUGUCCUGCCGACAUUGUCUUAGCACCAUCUGGGUGCACCUUGACUGACGUCGAGUACGCCGACGAUGUUGUUAUGUUAUAUUCGCGGAAAGCAGUACGAAACUUCAACAUGUUGUCAAUCUUGUAUCGAAGCUGGCUGCAGCCUAUGGACUACGCCUACGCCCUGAUAAAUGCAAGCAGAUGUGGAUCUCUUCGAGACCACGAACGGGAAUCAGGGUGGACGGACAACCGAUAG